AAGACAACGGUUUGGCUUCAAGUUCGGCUCUGCCGUGAAAGAAAAGAAAGAGAGAGAGAACACAGGUGGAGAGCGAAUGCGAGAGAGAGAGCGGGCGAAAAGUGAAAGAAGCCGAGCUCCAAACGCUUGCCCCACGAGGCGAUCUCUUCGAGCGCGAUCGCCGCCUGCCAGUGGCUUCAGUCGACCUGCAGAACUCCCAGCGAACGGUUCGGUGCAGCGGAAAAGCCUCGCGUCGCGUCGAUCAUUAUUUUUUAGAAACAAUAGUUGUUUUUUUUUCAAGUUUUUGCCGUGCAACAAAUUCCCGUGUGCAGUGCACUUUGUUUUUUUUUUCUGUGUGGUUGAAUCCACCCGAAACUCGUACCCAGUGAAGUUCAAAGUGUGCCAAGAGCUGAAUAAAGUUUGAAGCAAGAUAAACCGAAUUGAAAAUAUUUGAAAAUAAAUUAAACAAAUCAGAGAAACUAAAGUUACAACAGGUGCGAGCGAGAGACAGAGCCACAAUGCAUCGCACGCCGCGCUCGCUGCUGGCGCUGGCUUUGGCGCUGGCGUUGGCGUCGACGCUGGCCACGACGCAGGCGCAGGCCAAGGCGCAGGCACAGGCGCAGAAUAUAGAUGCCGGCUGCAGCUUCCCGGGCUCACCGGCGCACAGCAGCGUGGUCUUCUCCAGCGCGAAUCUCACCCAGGGCACGGUGGCCUCCUACAGCUGUGAGCGUGGCUUCGAGCUGCUGGGACCGGCGCGGCGGGUCUGUGACAAGGGCCAGUGGGUGCCCGAGGGCAUUCCCUUCUGUGUUUUAAAUGUGGCCGCUGGCAAGGCUCCCAUGCAAAUCUCUACUGAGGGCGCUGGAGCACCCCAGAAGGCCAUCGAUGGCUCAACCUCCGCCUUCUUCACCCCGGAGACCUGCUCCCUGACCAAGGCAGAGCGUUCGCCCUGGUGGUAUGUCAAUCUCCUGGAGCCCUACAUGGUCCAGCUGGUGCGCUUGGACUUUGGCAAGUCCUGCUGUGGCAACAAACCCGCCACCAUAGUGGUUCGCGUGGGCAACAACCGCCCCGAUCUGGGCACAAAUCCCAUCUGCAACCGCUUCACCGGACUCCUGGAGGCCGGCCAGCCCCUGUUCCUGCCCUGCAAUCCGCCCAUGCCCGGUGCCUUUGUGUCCGUCCACCUGGAGAACAGCACACCGAAUCCCCUGUCCAUUUGCGAGGCCUUCGUCUACACGGACCAAGCGCUGCCCAUUGAACGCUGUCCCACCUUCCGGGAUCAGCCGCCGGGUGCCUUGGCCUCCUACAAUGGCAAAUGCUACAUCUUCUAUAACCGCCAGCCCUUGAACUUCCUGGACGCGCUCUCCUUCUGCCGCUCGCGGGGCGGCACUCUGAUCAGCGAGAGCAAUCCGGCGCUGCAGGGCUUCAUCAGCUGGGAGCUGUGGCGACGACAUCGAAGCGAUGUCAGCUCCCAGUACUGGAUGGGAGCAGUGCGGGACGGCAGCGAUCGCAGCAGCUGGAAGUGGGUGAACGGUGACGAGCUGACGGUGUCCUUCUGGAGCCAUCCCGGUGGCGACGAGGACUGUGCCCGGUUCGAUGGCUCCAAGGGAUGGCUGUGGAGCGACACCAACUGCAAUACGCUACUGAACUUCAUCUGCCAGCAUCAGCCGAAGACGUGCGGCAGGCCGGAGCAGCCGCCGAACUCCACGAUGGUGGCCCUCAAUGGAUUCGAGGUGGGCGCCCAGAUCAAGUACAGCUGCGAUGCGAAUCACCUGCUGGUGGGUCCCGCCACGCGCACCUGCCUGGAGACGGGCUUCUACAACGAGUUUCCGCCGGUGUGCAAGUAUAUCGAAUGUGGCCUCCCCGCCAGCAUUGCCCAUGGCUCAUACGCCCUGUUGAACAACACCGUGGGCUACCUGAGCCUCGUCAAGUACUCCUGCGAGGAGGGAUACGAGAUGAUCGGUCGGGCCCUGCUCACCUGUGACUUUGACGAGCGCUGGAACGGACCGCCGCCACGCUGCGAGAUUGUGGAAUGCGACACUCUGCCGGGCAACUACUACAACACCAUCAUCCAUGCCCCGAAUGGCACUUAUUACGGCUCCAAGGCGGAGGUCAGCUGCCCGCCCGGCUAUCGCAUGGAAGGACCCCGAGUGCUCAGCUGCCUGGCCAGCGGACAGUGGAGCAGUGCCCUGCCGCGCUGCAUCAAACUGGAGCCAUCUACCCAGCCCACAGCGGCGCCCACGGUGCCUUCAUCGGUGGCCACGCCGCCACCCUUCCGGCCCAAGGUCGUGGUGUCCAGCUCGACCACCAGCCGCACACCCUAUCGACCGGCUGUGUCCACUGUCAGCAGCAGCAGCUCCAGCACUGUGGGCACCUACCCCAGCCUCCGGCCCACGCAGGUGGAGAUCAACGGAGAGUCUGAAUCCGAGGAGGAUAUCAUCAAUGUGCCCGUGCCCGGCACCGUUCGCGAGGAGUUCCCUCCGCGCCGAACCGUCCGACCCGUGCUCAUCCCGAAGAAGCCGAGCAGCAGCACACCGGCGGCUGCAGUGCCUCCGAGCACACAGCAUGUGCCCCAGCCGCCGCAGGUGCCCUCAACCUAUGCCCCGUCGCCGCCGCGCAGCCGCCCCAGCGGUGCUCCGGUGGAGACCACCACGAGGAACACACAGCAGAUCAUUGCCAACUCGCAUCCGCAGGACAACGAAAUCCCCGACAGCGUCAACAUCCAACAGAAUCAGUCGCCCAAUGUCAAUGUACCGUUUGCUGUCGACAAUCCCGACCGGAAGGAGACCAAGGAGGCCAAGCUCAAUCUGGGGGCCAUUGUGGCUCUGGGUGCUUUCGGUGGCUUCGUUUUCCUGGCCGCCGUCAUCACAACGAUCGUGAUCCUGGUGCGAAGCACCCCGAACAGCCAACGGCGGCACCUAGCCAAACACUUAACUGCUUACCAACAUCAUCAUGCUCAUCAUCACCACCACCAGCAGCUCCACCAGCACCACCAGCACCAGUGCCAGUACCAGGUCCAGCACCACCAGCUCCAGCAGCAACAGCAACAGCUCCAACAGCAGAAGUACCGCCUCCAGCAGAAGCACCAACAGCACGGCCAGGCGAAGGGAUCUCAGGGUAUCCGGAACGGGAACAGCAUCGGCAUCGGGCUCGGUCUCGGUCUCGGCUUCGGCCUCGGGAAGAGGUCUGGUGGUGGCAUACCGCGUCCCAGCCGACUGCCCAGCUAUGCCACGGCGACGGCCACCAGCGCCACCAGCUACGCGUCCACGGCCCAACUGACCAGCACCAAGGGCUACGGUAGCAUCACCUCCAGGCGUAAUCAGGAUGCGGACCAGGACCGAGAUCCCAACUCCCUGUGGUACAGUGUGCUGGCGCUGCCCUUCGAUGACCAGAAGCUGGGCAGGAGGGAGUUUAGCAGCUACGGACGGGGAUAUAGGACCCGGGCGGGGCUCUUCAGCAGCUCAACGACCACGACGCACAUAAAUCGAACCACUCAACACUAUCGCCAUCGCGCCUCGCCCGACUGCAAUACCGUGGCCAGCUUCGACAGUUCCACUUCCGGAUCCCGCAACGGACUCAACAGGUACUACCGCCAGGCCUGGGAGAACCUGCACGAGUCCGCCUCGAAGAACAGCUCGCACAAUGCCCUGCGUCGCAAGGAGACCCUCGAUCCGCCGAGCAUGACCCGUUCCCGCGACAAUCUGCGCGACAACAUGCAGCGUUCCCGCGAGAAUCUGGACAGAUGCGGCAGGGACAACUAUGGUAUGCGUGACGACUCCGAAAUGGUGGUCUCCGACGUGUGCCUGAAGGGCGAGAAGAAGCGUCACCAUCACCAUCACCACAAGAGCAGCUCCCGCAAUGGCGACUAUCGUGAUCAGUCCUCCGGCAGACGCGAACACCACCGACACAGUGGCGGCGGCGGCGUUGGAGGAGGAGGUGGUGGCGGCCACUAUUGACCAACCAUGGUCAUUACCAUCAAUGUGGAGCGGCAGUAGCCAAAAAAAAAAAACAGAAGGAAGAGGAGAAGUCGGAGAGCUGCAGCAGUGAGCGCAACAACGAAACGUUUUUUGUUUAAUUUUAGCAACAGUUUUUUUUCGCGCUUUAGUUAUAUAAGAAUAAGGUCAAGACAGGAUCUGGAUCUGGAUCAGGAGGAGACUUUUCUGUUCAUAGCGAAAAUGUGGAGCCAGAGGUCCUUUAACUUGCAAGUCAAUACUUAGCUAUAUUCAAGGGGGCGAGUUCUGGGAGAUAUAUGGUUAAAGGAGAUUUUUUGAGAGAUUUGGAAAGAUUUUUAAAGAUUUCCAUUCUCCGGAAUCACCCCCGGAAAAUAUGUUUAUGCCCGAAACUCGUAUAAUUUAUUCGCAAAGCUUUUCGUAAGGUUCUUAGUUAAAUUUUCUCUAUGAAUUAGUUUUAUGUAAAGAGAGAGAGGUCCACAAAAAGAAAAAAAAAAAAAAAGAAAACCGAGACGUAGUAAUUAGUUGCAAAGCACCAGCACAUCCUUGAACAUCCCUUACCCACACCUAGCCCCCAUCGCCACCCCCCAGCAAGCAGGAUCACAGCUGCAGCCAAAUUAUGUGCAACUUGGUUUCGUUUGAGGUCCCUCAAGCCAAAUCGACUUGCUCAUAGUCGCAAAUUAGUUACGUAAAACCCUAAAACCCUAGAUGAAAUCC